AAUUUAUUCAAUGAUUUCACUUCUAAUUGAUUAAUUGUUUGAAUUUCAAUUGAUUGUUCAUUUGAAUUUCGGUGAAUUGCUUUUUUUUCUGGUAAAUUCUCAUUCGAUUCAUUUAAAUGAUCAGGAAGGAUUAUUGAUUCAGUUGCCUAAUUAUAGAAAGAUGGUAAUCAGUGACUUUGAAUUUAGAUUUUCUUUCGAAAAGGGUUUCAUUUCCAUCGAUGAAGUUUUCUCUUGGUGGUCAAUACUUUCACUGUUUUCGCUGGCGUCCAGACCCAUGGUGUUGAUUAACUAUAUGAUUUAAUUGUUUUUUCUCCUUUUCUGUGAAAGUAAUUAAUUGUGAGACGGUGAGAAAUCUCUAGGUGACCUCGGUCAGUAACUUGAGUUGACCGUCACUGGGACAAUGAAUCGUUACUAACUCUCCAUUCAUGUUCAUCUAAUUCCGGAAACUUUUGGACUCCAAAUGGGAAAAAAACAUGGCCACUCCUAAGAGAUUCUAAUGGGUGAUGGAAGAUAAACAAUGAUGACCAGAAACAACCAAAGAGGAAAAGGAAACAAUAACAAAAAAGAAAAAGAAAAAGAAAAGAAAUUGAAAUGAAGGGAUGAACAGAUAAUCUCUGUUCUGGAAAAAAAGGAAACCCUUUAUUUUCAUAUUCAUCGUUGGUUAACCAGAUUAAAUUGUUAGAAUUACGUUCUCGUUAUUUUCUUCCAUCAAAAAUGUAGACACUUUUCAUUGAUUGUGUAAUUUCUGGUUACCCUCAACAAUUGAAGUUCCAAGAGGAAAAAAGACUCAAUCAAAAUUGAAGACAGUUCCAUGUUCUUGGUCAUUUAUCCUUGAAUAUUAUUCAACUCUUAUGAAUCUCUAAGCGAGUUCAGAUUAACUCAAGUUUCUAUUAAUUCCUCUUUCUACAAACACUUAUCUUCUCUGUCUUAUUCUCCUCAUCUUUUCCUCUUUCAUCAUCAUCUUCUUACUUCUGCGUCGAGAAAAUUUCUAGUUUUCUCUUGAAAUCCAUCUGUGAAUCUCAGUUUUUAGAAUCAUCUUGACAACUCUUACCUUUUAUUUCUGGUUUGUUUUUAUUUUCUUUUUUGAUACAAUCAAUCUUAGUUUGUCUUUUUCUAAUUGUGAUGAUACCUGAUCAAUGAACAAUCAGAAAUUCUCAUUAAUUUGAUCAAUUUGAACACCAAGAGAAACAAAUAUCGAAUUGAUUGAUUUCCAAAGCUAAUUAUGGAUCAUCUUUUAUUCUAAUUAUCAUCUUAACCGGCAUUUUAUAUUGUGUCAUAUCAUUUGUAGUUAAUUUAACUGGUGUUGUGAUUAUCCACUUUCUUUGUUUAUCCAACAGCAAUAAGGCGAUUCAAUGAUGAUAUUUUCUGUGAAAGAUUUUGGGUUUUACCGACUGGUCAAUUUUUGUUUACUCAUCUUGAUUUGUGGUUCCAAUGUGAAUGGUGAAGUUUUUACUGCUCUUGUUGACCUGGAAAAGCUUUUGGAAAUCGAAAGGACAAUUGUUUCAUCAUUGGAUUCAUAUUUAAUUGGUGAAGAGAGACGAUUAAGACAAUUGAAGAGCAUUCGAGAAAAAUUUGCUUCAAUUGAAUCGAUCGCUAGUCAAGAUGUUCAAUCUUAUUUGGCCAACCCCGUUAAUGCUUUUCUUUUGGUAAAAACACUCACCUCUGAUUGGAGAAAUGCUGAAGCCUUGAUGGUUGAAAAAUCUUAUGAAACUGGUCAACAAUUAAUCUAUCGAGUUCAAAAUUCUAGUGGUGAGACUUUCCCUUCAGCUGAAGAUUUUAAUGGAGCAGCUGAUGCACUUUUACGACUCCAGGAUACUUAUAAACUGGACACUUCAAGUUUAGCCAGGGGAGAGAUUCGGAUUGCUCAACAACCUCAACAUCAUCCUCUCUAUGACUCUAGUAACCCUGACGAUUCACCUUUUACCUUGGUAUCACCUAAAAGAGUUGAACUCAGUGCUGGUGAUUGUUUUGAUCUUGGUAAAUAUUCAUAUGUAAAUGGUGAUCAUUAUCAUACAAUCCUUUGGAUGCAAGAAGCUUUAGACCGAUGGGAAGAGGAGAGUUUAAAAACAGCUGACAAAGCCGAAAUUCUCGAAUAUCUGGCCUUUUCAACUUUCCGCCGAGGGAACGUUCGUCAUGCCCUUAAAUUGACCAAUGAACUACUUCGUUUGGCUCCGAAUCAUCCUCGAGCAGUUGGUAACAAGGUUUACUAUGAGGAGGUGUUGGGUCAUUCUGGUAAAGCAAAGUUACGUGGUGAUGUUGGUGACGAUGAUGAGGUUCCAAUUGAUGAAAACAUUUCUACUGUUGAUUCACCUGUAACCCAAGAAAGACAAUCAUAUGAGGCUCUUUGUCGAGGAGAAACCAUUUUACCUCAGCGAAUAACCAAAACUUUAAAUUGUUUCUAUUUAAAUACAACCAACAAACAUCCUUAUUUACGUUACACUCGAAUCAAGGUUGAAGAAGCUUAUAAGAAGCCAUUAAUUUUAAUUUAUCAUGACAUCAUGUCAGAUAAUGAGAUGGAAACAAUCAAACAAUUAGCUUUACCUCGACUUAAACGAGCAACUGUUCAAAAUCAUAAAACAGGUAAAUUGGAAGCUGCUCAUUAUCGGAUUAGUAAAAGUGCCUGGUUAAAGGGAACUGAUGAUCAAGUUGUUGAUCGGGUUAAUCAAAGAAUCGAAGAUAUUUCUGGAUUAACUGUUGAUACAGCUGAGGAGCUACAAGUGGUCAAUUAUGGUAUCGGUGGUCAUUAUGAGCCUCAUUAUGAUUUUGCCACACAAAAAGAAAUGGAUUAUCAUAAGGCUGAUCCAUUUGCAGGCCUUGGAACUGGAAAUCGCAUUGCAACUUGGUUAAAUUACAUGUCCAAUGUUGAAGCGGGUGGUGCAACCGUUUUCCCAACAUUGGAAUUGACUCUUUGGCCUAAAAAAGGAUCAGCCGCUUUCUGGUAUAAUCUUCAUCCAAGCGGCGAUGGUGAUCUUUUAACUCGACAUGCCGCUUGUCCUGUUCUGGUUGGAUCGAAAUGGGUAUCAAAUAAAUGGUUCCAUGAAAGAGGACAGGAACUGAGAAGACCUUGUGGAUUAAAGCGUAAUGAUUGAUCGUAAAUCUAAUAAUCAUUUUUUAAACGAUAAUUAGUCCAAUCAAUAUUUAUAUUUACUUCAAGUCAACAUUUCCUGUUCCUUUCACCAAACAUUAUGAUAAAAUCAUCAAAUCUAAUCAAAUGUGCCAAUAUUUAUAUCAAUUGUGACAAAAUUUCAAUAUCAUUUCACAUUUAAUGUUUAACUGGUAUUGACAAUCUUAAACCAAAUCGCUUAAAUUGUUUCUAUUCAAUUCACUUUCCUUGUGACAAAGUCUACAAACGAUUCUUUCUAGGUAAUCAUAAUUGUCGAUCUCUUUCUCUCUCUUUUUUCUCUACCUUUUUUACUCAAUUAUGUAAAUACCAAUUGAUUAAAAAAAUGAUCGAUAUCAAAUUUUAAGGACCAAUUGGUAACUAGAAAAAGGAGAGAUUAUAAAAUUGCCUUGACAGGCUCUACAAUGAAAGUAUCAUAUGUAAUAAGCAAUAAAAAGUACCAAAAGUACUAAAUGUAUGAAAAAAUGCAAACCAAAAA